AUGGGCUCCCCAGCAUUAGCAUCCGCAGCAGGUGUGGCUAUGCGACGACCGACUGCCGGCCGGGCUCUUACCCACUCACAGCGUCAGCUCCGGGCUGUCUCGGCCGCCGCAGCUGCAUCCCGGUCCGCAACACCAACUACUGUGGCGUCCUCCCCUCACACGUCACGGCACUUAUACAGCUCUCGGUACAGGAAUAGAGACCUCGCAUUACAUCGCGGAAGAUCACUGCCAAAGACACUUGCCGCCUCCCGUCGCCGUCUGAAGUCCACGUUCACGUCCACGUCCACGGCACCCAAAGCAGCCACCCUGAAUUCUCUUGCCGAAACAUCACAGACAUCAUCUUUCAUAAGCCCUCGUUACCUCCCCCUUCUCCUCCUCUUCGCAAUAGGAGGCAUCGCUUGGGACUCCCAAUGGCUCUUCCCCUCCACGCCCACCUCCACCGACCCGGCCGAGCAGACGAUUCUCGGGUCCGCGCGCAAGUUCAUCCCAUUCGCCGUCAUUGCCCGCGAGCAGGUCUCCCCGAACUCCUUCAUCCUGACCCUCAAAGCGCCUGCGAGCAGCCUACCCGGCGUCGCCUCUCUGUGGCACGUCUUUGACCUGUGGUGCGUGGAAGUCAAGCAGCCCCAGAUCCAGGUCGCGAGGGAAUACACACCCCUCCCUCCCCCGCCCGGGGGUGCGGACGAGGACACGCUGAGGCUAUACGUCCGCGCGGUGCGCGGCGGCGAGGUCUCGACGUACCUCAGCCGGCUGUCCCCGCUCGCUGCCGACGGAGGCGUGGGAGACACCGUCGAGCUCCGCGGUCCUCACGGGGAGUUCGACCUGCGCUCGCGCCUCGGCGGGCGAGGCGACCGCGUCGUGUUCCUCGCAGGCGGCACGGGUAUCGCCAGCGCGCUGCAGGCCGCGCACGCCGUACUCCCACUCCCCAGCGCGCCGUCCAUGACAAUCUUCUGGGCUGUGCGAAGCCGCGACGAGAUCCAGCAGGGCUGCGGCGACGCGCCGACGUCUGGGAUAGCGUCCUGGUGGAGCUGGAAUUACUUUUUCAAUCACUCGGCGGGCGGCUCCGUCUCCGGCUCCAGCUCUUCCAUCCGGGCCGAGGCGCUGACCCUGGAAACCAUGGACCCGUCGCCGGUGACCAGGGAGCUCCUCGCGCUCAAGGACAAGUUCGGCGACAGGCUAGAUAUCCGCGUCGUGGUAGACCAAGAGGGCACUGCCGUUCGCGACUCAGAUCUGGCCGCUGCCCUGACGCAGCUCGGCCUCAGAGGGCUCGGCAACCCCUCUCCCCCGUUGACGCACGCCGUCGAGGGCUGCAAGUUCCACUCGCAGACCGCGCACGUCGGCAUAGUAGACGGCGCUCCGAACGCCGGGAAGCGGGGCUUGUUCAAGCAGGACGACUGCGCGUGCGCCUCCGGCGCGGCCGCGCCGGGGAAGAACGUGUUCGUGGUCUCCGGACCCGAGGGCUUCGUCCAGGCCUACGCGGGAGCUAAGCUGUGGCGGGAUGGUGGGCAGCUGCAGGGCCUUGUCGGCGGGAUGUUGGGCGCGCUGCAAAAGAAGAACCCCGGCCUCUUGCAGGACUGGAUCGUCCUCAAGCUGUGA